AUGACUAAAAGAGAUGUUCUAAUCGUGUUUUUCACAGGUUUAGCAAACUCCUUUAACUCAUCCUCUCCUCUGCUCAGUUAUUUUUGGAUCAGUGACAGCGUGUCAAUGGCUGCAGAUGCAUCGCAAAGGAAGGCUCUGAGAUACCAACAGACCCUGCUCUACGGAGAGUACAGGGAGCAGCUGGGAAACUUUGCCCGUCGAGAGGCAGCACGUUUACUCACAGAGAGACAAUGGAAGAAAAGAGCUGGAGAGGGCAGCACGUCCAGCUUGCGCAAAGGGCUCGGGAGAAGGCACCACCAUCAUCACCCCGCCACCCUCGAAUCCCACCACAGCCAUGUCUCCUCCAGCCUGAAACCACGCCCAUACUCCAAAUGCCAAGAUUGUUUGGCUCGUGUGCGGCGUUACAUCGUGAACAAGAUGGGGGAGGACUGGAUUUUCCUGGUGCUUCUUGGUCUGGCUAUGGCCCUGGUCAGUUGGACUAUGGACUACGCCAGUGCCAAGAGUCUCCAAGCCUACAAGUGGAUACAUGGGGAGCUUAAGGGGAAUGUGCCACUGCAGUACCUGGCUUGGGUGACUUAUCCCAUGAUUCUGGUCAUGUUUGCAUCGCUCUUCUGUCACCUGGUUUCCCCGCAGGCCAUCGGCUCUGGUAUCCCUGAGCUGAAAACUAUAUUACGAGGUGUGGUGCUAAAAGAAUAUUUAACCCUGAAAGCCUUCAUCGCCAAAGUCAUCGGCCUCACUGCGGGUUUGGGCAGCGGCAUGCCAGUGGGGAAAGAGGGGCCGUUUGUCCACAUUGCCAGUAUCUGUGCCGCGGUGCUCAGUCGAUUCAUGUCCAUUUUCUCAGGCGUAUAUGAGAACCCGUACGGGUACACAGAUAUUCUGACGGUGGGCUGCGCUGUGGGGGUGGGCUGCUGCUUCGGCACUCCACUAGGAGGGGUCCUGUUCAGUAUUGAGGUCACGUCUACCUACUUCGCGGUGAGGAAUUACUGGCGAGGUUAUUUCGCUGCCACGUUCAGCGCCUUCAUAUUCAGGGUGCUCUCCGUUUGGAACAAGGAUGCUGUUACAAUCACAGCACUCUUCAAAACAAACUUCAGGAUGGAUUUUCCGUUCGAUCUACAAGAGCUUCCUGCAUUUGCAGUCAUAGGGAUUUCUUGUGGCUUUCUUGGGGCGUUCUUUGUCUACUUGAACAGACAAGUGGUGCUUUUCAUGCGAAGGCCGACUGCUCUCACUCGAUUUCUGACAAAACAUCGACUCAUCUAUCCGGGCGCAGUCACUCUGAUCAUUGCCACCUUCACGUUUCCACCAGGGUUUGGACAGUUUAUGGCCGGAGAGCUCAUGCCUCGUGAAUGCAUCAACUCUCUGUUCGACAACUUCACCUGGACCAAAAUGUCCGGCUCCCCUCUGCCCCCGGGUCUGGGCCGAUCCAUGGCUUGGCUGCACCCACAAGUCAGUGUCUUCGUCAUCCUCCUGCUCUUUUUCAUCAUGAAGUUCUGGAUGUCAGCAGUUUCAACGACGAUGCCCAUCCCCUCGGGCGCGUUCAUGCCCGUGUUCAUUUUAGGAGCAGCUUUCGGGCGCCUUGUGGGAGAGAUCAUGGCCACUCUGUUUCCAAAUGGAAUCCUGUUUGAUGGGAUCGUGUACCGGAUACUGCCAGGAGGCUACGCUGUCAUUGGGGCAGCAGCUAUGACCGGGGCCGUCACACACACAGUCUCCACUGCUGUGAUCUGCUUUGAGCUGACAGGGCAGAUCUCUCACAUCCUGCCCAUGAUGGUGGCUGUGAUUCUGGCCAACAUGGUGGCUCAAGGCCUGCAGCCGUCCCUCUAUGACUCCAUCAUCCAGGUGAAAAAACUGCCCUACCUGCCUGAGCUGGCCCUCGGGCACAUCAGCAAGUACAACAUCUUCGUGGAGGAUAUUAUGGUCCGAAAGGUCAAGUUUCUGUCGUCUCAAUCCUCCUACAGAGAACUCAACCACCUUCUGGACACAACAACGCUCAAAACUAUCCCACUGGUCGACUCUAAAGAAUCCAUGAUACUUCUAGGCUCCAUUGAGAGAACGGAGCUGCAGGCCAUCCUCGACUGGUGGCUGUCCCCAGAACGCAGAGCAUUUGAGAGGGGUCAGAGUUCACCGGGCCAGGGAUCUAAAGUCAGCUGGGAGUCCUUCACCUUUGUGGACGAAGAGGGCGGAGAAGACAACACAGCCAAGACCACUUCAGCGCUGGAGGAGUGUAACGGCCCCCUCCCCUCUCCAAGGCCUCAAGAGCACUCGUCCAAUCACCGGGGCUCAGACAAACGAAAGCUGCCCUCAGUGAGACAUGCAUUACAAAGACUGUUCUCCUCGUCGUCUGCCACCGGACAGGCAGACUCUCAGGAGACUACGGACCCUCCAGUAAAUGACUCCAUGUCUCCAGAAGAGAUUAAAGCCUGGGAAGAGGCCGAGCUGGAUAAACCAAUCGAUAUGGAGCAGGUUCGCAUAGACCCGUCCCCCUUUCAGCUGGUGGAGAGGACAUCGCUGCACAAGACCCACACUCUCUUCUCUCUGCUGGGCCUCAGUCAUGCCUAUGUCACCAGCAUCGGGAAACUGGUGGGAGUCGUGGCUCUUAAAGAGUUACAAAAGGCCAUUGAAGGAUCCACUCGCAGCGGUGUGAGGCUACGUCCACCGUUGGCCAGCUUCAGGGACGCAAGCCGAAAAGCCAAGAAGCACCAGCCACCCUCCUCGUCCACGCCUUCGUCCCCCACGCGGGAGAGAGAUCUGUGGGGCGAGGGGGGCAGCAGACCGGGGGGAGGCGGUGGGGAGAUGGUCCGGAGUGUUUCCAAUCACGACUUCCAAAGAAAAGCAUCGUCCAGCAGACUCACAUCGCUCUCUGACACCGCGCCUUCGUCUCCCGGGAGCAGUUCUCUGGCCUCUGCGGCAGGGGGCAGCCAAGAGGAGCCGGUGUCCCCCUCUACCUCCUCUUCCUCACCCUCUUCUUCCUCACCCGCUGCCUCCCCUCGCUCGCCCAACCCCCCCGUGCUCACCCUGUCCUCACUGCAGGAGGAACGGGAGAGCGAGGAGUCCGAUGAGCCCAUUUAG